CGGGUAUCCCGUUCUCGAGCGUCACCUAUUCUCGAGUUACUUCCCAUUUCGCGCUGAAAGUGAGGCUAUGACGCGUUUUGACAUUAGGAAACCCCACUUCCGUUGUAAACAAACGCUACUUUUGCACUCUAAAGAAAAUGAGCAGCCUGCUGCGUAUCAAGCUUCAGCCUACUUCUAAAAAAGCUGUCUUACGUCAGUAUUCUCCCACCAGCAUGACUAAUGCAUAUAACCUGGUGAAGGACAGGGGUGUCUCUGUAUACAUGGCUGCUAAAUUACAUGGUGUCCCAACUUCAACCUUGCGUGAUAGAGUUGACAAUAGAGUCUCUAUUGAAACUGUUAAGUCUGGACCAGAGCCAGUGUUAACCUUAGAGGAAGAAGCCAAACUUUGUGCUCAUCUGAAGGAGUUAGCAGAGGUAGGUUAUGGAUAUACCCGUGCUGAAACAAUAGCAUUAGCCUCUGACUAUGCAGUUGCACUUGGAAAAAGAAAUGUUGACAAUCCCUUCAGCAUGAAAUGGUUUUAUGGUUUCAUGAAGAGGUGGCCGGAGCUGAAUGUAGUUCGUCCGUCUAGUUUGUCAGAGCAACGUGCAAAGUGUGCCAGUGAUACAUGUAUUUACAAUUAUUUCUGUGAACUUAACAGAAUAGUCAGCAAGUAUGCCCUAAGUGAUAAACCACAGAAUAUCUAUAACAUUGACGAAAAGGGUAUCAAUACGGAAUUUAAACCACCUAAUGUAGUUGCAGGUAAAGCAUCCAAGCCACAAGCUAUCAUGGCUGAACGUUCAAAAACUGUGACUGUCAUUGGUGGAGGAAAUGCUUUGGGCCAGAGUAUUCCACCAUUUUUUGUCUUUCCAGGGGAAAGACUUGUAGAUGGUCUUAUGGACGGUAAAACUCCAGGCGCUGAUGGUGUUAUGACCAAAACAGGCUGGUCAAAUACUGAUGUGUUUAGAAAAUAUCUUAAAGAUCACUUUGUUAAGUUUGUUCAGGGUAGAGAUAUGUCUGAUUCUAUUCUUGUUCUUUAUGACGGUCACAGAAGCCAUCUGUCUGUUGAUCUGAUUGAAUGGGCCCAAGAUAAUAACAUUGUUCUGUUUGUUUUGCCACCACACACAUCCCAUGUCCUUCAGCCAAUGGAUAUUGGUUGUUUCGGACCUCUUCAACUGAAGUACAGUCAAGAGUGUACCACUUUUGCACGUCUUAACCACAGGGUCGUAACCAGGUAUGAUGUGUGUGGUCUUGCAUGCAAAGCCUAUGCAGCCGCUUUGAACCCCAUUAACCUACAGUCUGCAUUUAAAAAAGCAGGUAUCUUCCCCCUGUUGGAUGGUAAGACCAUGUGUGAGUCUCUGGGUACUAAAACAAAACCUUCAAUGCUUUAUAGUUGUACAGAAAAUGAUAAGGAUAUAGCUUUACCAAACAAUGAGCAUAAUGAAACUUCAGUUAAUGACACAAAUGGUGGUAAGGAUGAAGCCUUGCAGGUACCUGAACAGUUUUUUAGUAAACGUAAAGGUGUUGUAGUUCAGAAGGUAACUAAAAAAAGAAGAAAUGUUAACAAUAUUGUUGGUGGAAAGGCACUUGAAGGUGACACUGUUGAAAAACUAAGGAAGUACCACCAAGAAUCUGUAAAGCAAAAACCCCAUGAAUGUAAAUCUGUAAAAUCAAAACAAUCUGUAAAACAAAAGAAGGUUUCAAAAAAGUUGAGCAAACCUUUCACUGAUUUGUCACAGACUGCAUGCAAACCACUUCCAGGACCAUCACAUAUAAAUUUAGCCUGUGAUAGCAGUUCUGUUGCAAGUAACUCUCAGACUGACUCAUCUGAUGAAUCUGAGGUUUGCUGUGUAUGUAAACAUUUUUAUGUACCUCGUGAAUUAAGAGAUGGAACUCUGUGCAUUACCCAGUGGGCCCAGUGUGAUGUAUGUGAUCACUGGGUUCACUUGAAAUACUGUACUCCUGUGAGAGUUGUAAGGAAAAAUACUGAAUUCAAGUGUAAAUGUUGUUUGUAAAGUAUAUAAUAUGAAAUGUGUGCAUCAGAAAUAAAAUAUUAAUAGGUCAAACAUCACUAGGUUAAUUAUUGUAUUUUAAUCUGAAACAAAUUUGCAUUUCCAGUACUGUAUGGUAUAGCAUUUUACAGAUCUAUAAAUAGCUCGAGAACAGGUGACGCCAUUUUGGAAGCUGAUUGUAAACAUGCCUUUACAGUUCAUGUGUUCCUGGUCUGAAAUUCGAAUAAGGCAUGCUUUUUGUGGUCUAUAAUAAGAAAUCAGAUAUUAUAUGAUUGUCUGAACUAGAAGGUAAGCGUACUGUUGCAUUGUUUAUGUUGCUGUUCGGAGUUUGUUUGUUAGAUUAACGAGAACUGGUAACGCCAGG